AUGUCUUCAUCAGGUCCUAAAAUAACCACCUCAUCAUAUUCAUGUGAGUAUUCGUCCAGAUCUUCAAUCUCCUACAAAGCUCUGAGCUCCUUCGACACGGAGUUCGACCUGUCCAAUCAGAGCGGGAAGGUGUUCAAACCGGCCAAUGAGACGAGCCACGUGUUCAGCGGCCUGUACCCCGGCUCCACCUACUCCUUCACGCUCCGAGCCUCCACCGUCAAAGGCUUCGGCCCCCCCGUCAUCACGCAGUUCACCACCAAGAUCUCCGCUCCUCUGAUGCCGGCCUACGAUCAGGAGUCUCCUCUGAACCAGACCGACUCCACCGUCACCGUCCUGCUGAAACCUGCUCAGAGCCGAGGAGCUCCAGUCAGUAAGUACCAGGUGGUGGUGGAGGAGGAGCGCCCCCGCAGGCAGAGGAGGGGUACUGCAGAGAUCCUGCGAUGUUAUCCGGUACCGAUUCACUUCCAGAACGCCACGCUGCUCAACUCUCAGUAUUACUUCAGCGCCGAGCUGCCGAUGAGCGAGCUGAGAGCGCCGAUGCCCUUCAGUAUCGGUGAUAACAGGACCUACAGCGGCUACUGGAACGCUCCUCUGCUGCCUCAUAAGAGUUAUGGGAUCUACUACCAGGCUGUCAGCACUGCUAACGGGGAAACAAAGAUCGACUGUGUUCGUGUCGCCACUAAAGGCGCAGCGACGAGGAAACCGGAACCGGAGCAGGAGAAGCAGUCGGACCACACGGUGAAGAUCGCUGGAGCCAUCGCCGGCAUCCUGCUCUUCAUCAUCAUCUUCCUCGGAGUCAUCCUGCUGAUGAAGAAACGGAAACUGGCCAAGAAAAGGAAGGAAACCCUGAGCUCCAGACAGGAAAUGACUCUGAUGGUCAACAACUCACAGCACACGACCAUGGUGGACACGCACACACACACGCUGAACGGACGCACUGUGUCGUCUCCGUCCUCCUUCACCCUGAAGACCAACACCAUCAGCACCACCGUCCCCAACUCCUACUACCCAGAUGACAGUCAGACUAUGACCAGUGAAACCAGUAGUCUGGUCCAGUCCCACUAUAAGCAACGGGAGUCGGAGCGGGAGGCGUUGCCCUAUCAGACGGGUCAGCUGCACCCGGCCAUCCGAGUGGCCGACCUGCUGCAGCACAUCACGCAGAUGAAAUGUGCCGAAGGUUACGGCUUCAAGGAGGAGUACGAGAGUUUUUUCGAGGGACAGUCGGCUCCGUGGGAUUCGGCCAAAAAGGACGAGAACCGCAUGAAGAAUCGCUACGGCAACAUCAUCGCCUACGAUCACUCCCGUGUGCGUCUGCAGCCUCAGGAUGGAGAGAGCGGCUCCGACUACAUCAACGCUAACUACGUCGACGGUUACCACAGACCGAACCACUACAUCGCUACUCAGGGUCCCAUGCAGGAGACGGUGUACGAUUUCUGGCGGAUGAUUUGGCAGGAGAACACCGCCGCCAUCGUCAUGGUAACCAACCUGGUGGAGGUGGGGCGGGUGAAGUGUUGUAAGUACUGGCCUGAUGACACAGAGAUCUAUGGAGACAUGAAGGUGACGCUGAUUGAGACUCAGCUGCUGUCAGAAUACGUCAUCCGGACCUUCGCUGUGGAGAAGAGGGGCGUGGCAGAGAUCCGGGAGAUCCGGCAGUUUCAUUUCACCGGUUGGCCGGAUCACGGCGUUCCGCUUCACGCGACCGGACUGCUGGGAUUCAUCCGCCGGGUCAAAGCCAAGACCCCUCCCACUGCCGGACCCACCGUGGUACACUGCAGUGCGGGGGCGGGCCGUACAGGGUGUUUCAUAGUGAUUGACAUCAUGUUGGACAUGGCAGAGAGAGAAGGAGUCGUCGACAUCUACAACUGUGUCCGAGAGCUGAGAGCACGAAGGGUUAACAUGGUCCAGACUGAGGAGCAGUACGUCUUCAUCCAUGACGCCAUCUUGGAGGCGUGUCUCUGUGGUGACACGGCGAUUCCGGCCAAUCAGCUGCGAUCAGUUUAUUACGAGAUGAACCGAUUGGAUCCUCAGACGAACUCCAGUCAGAUCAAAGAGGAGUUCAGGACUCUGAACAUGGUGACCCCGACGCUGCGGGUGGAGGACUGCAGCAUCGCUCUGUUGCCUAGGAACCACGAGAAGAACCGCUGCAUGGACGUCCUGCCUCCGGACCGCUGCCUGCCGUUCCUCAUCACCAUCGACGGAGAGAGCUCCAACUACAUCAACGCUGCGCUGAUGGACAGCUACAAGCAGCCGUCGGCCUUCAUCGUUACCCAGCAUCCUUUGCCCAACACGGUGAAGGACUUCUGGCGCCUCGUCCUCGACUACCACUGCACCUCCAUAGUGAUGCUGAACGAUGUGGACCCUGCACAGCUGUGUCCUCAGUACUGGCCUGAGAACGGCCUCCACCGGCUCGGCUCGCUGCAGGUGGAGUUCGUGUCGGCCGACCUCGAGGAAGACGUGAUCAGCCGCAUCUUCAGGAUCUACAACACGGCUCGGCCGCAGGACGGGUACCGCAUGGUGCAGCAGUUCCAGUUCCUGGGGUGGCCGAUGUACCGCGACACGCCCGUCUCCAAGCGCUCCUUCCUGAAGCUCGUUCACCAGGUCGACAAAUGGCAGGAGGAGUACGACGGGGGGGAGGGGCGCACCGUGGUGCACUGCCUGAACGGCGGCGGUCGCAGCGGCGUGUUCUGCAGCAUCAGCAUCGUGUGUGAGAUGCUGCGACAGCAACGAUGCGUCGACGUUUUCCACGCCGUGAAAACGCUGAGAAACAACAAACCCAACAUGGUCGACCUGCUGGAACAAUAUAAGUUCUGCUAUGAAGUCGCUCUGGAGUAUCUCAACUCUGCUUAACCUCCUUCAUCACCAUCAUCAUCAUCAUCAUCCUCCUCCCUGUGAUGCUGCUGCAGUCUGAGGAAGAG